UCCACUGUUAUUUUCCGACUAUCCAACAUGAGCUGACCAUGGAGCUGAUGACAUAAGGCUGACCAAGCGUCAGCUACAAUAUUUAUUUAUCAUUCUUGAUGUAUGCCCUUGGAUUAACUAAAGCAUGCAACCUUACCUUUUAUCUCGCGGAACAGCUGCGGCUGUUGCUGCAAGGAGAAUGCGGAAUAUUUUGGGAUCUGUCGCGGGCAGCUGGAUGUGGAGAACCCGAGAGGUCAAACUUAUAAACACAUCCUCAGGUGACACUGUGACAAUAGGUGACAUCUCUUACAAACUGAAAACACCAGAAAACCCAGAGCUUGUCCCUGUCAAACACAUUUCAGAAUCGCCUUCACAGACAGUGGCUCAGCAUUUACGAUGGAUUAUGCAGAAAGAUCUAUUAGGACAAGAUAUGUUUCUGAUUGGACCCCCAGGGCCCUUAAGACGUUCUAUAGCCAUGCAGUACUUGGAGCUGACAAAGCGUGAAGUAGAAUAUGUGGCCCUGUCCAGAGACACAACAGAGACUGACCUUAAACAAAGAAGAGAGAUUCGCUCAGGGACAGCCUUCUACAUUGACCAGUGUGCAGUUCGGGCAGCGACCCAGGGCCGUGUGCUGGUGUUGGAGGGGCUGGAGAAGGCUGAGAGGAACGUGCUGCCGGUGCUCAACAACCUAUUGGAGAACAGAGAGAUGCAACUGGAGGACGGACGAUUCCUCAUGGCGGCCGAGCGCUACGACAAACUGCUGCAGGAGCACACUAAAGAGGAGUUGGACAGCUGGAAGAUUGUCCGUGUGAGCGAGGACUUCCGGGUCAUUGCUCUUGGUAUUCCUGUUCCCAAGUACAAGGGCAAUCCUCUGGACCCGCCCCUCCGCUCGCGUUUUCAAGCCCGAGACAUUUAUUACCUACCUUUUAAGGACCAGUUGGAGGUGUUGUACACAGCUGGGCCAAACAUUGGUGCAGAAAGGGUAUCCCAGUUGUUGUCAUUGGCCACUACUCUGUGCUCCCAGGAGUCAUCCAGCCUGGGCCUUCCUGACUUUCCAGUGGACAACCUGCCUUCAGCUCUGGAAGUGCUGAACAUGUUUCCCAUGUUGUCAUCACAACAGCUUGUUCAGAGACUUUAUCCUUAUAAAAGCAUUUUGGGCAAGGAGGGGUGUACUGCAGUGGAGAAUGUCCUUAGUAGAUUUGAACUCCUGGAUAGUCGCCGGCAACAAGCACCUACUAUGAUUCUGAAUGUGUCAGCUGUCAAAGAUACGAAGAACCACGCAAAUGUGACUUUAGAUGCUGCUGGAAAAGAAGUUACAUUUGAGGUACAGUCUGGCAUCAGUGAAGUGCGUCAACCCAACCACAGUCCAUUCUUCAUCAGCACACGCAGCCAAUCCCAGCUGAUCGCAGAGAUGAUGCAGUCACACAUGGUCAAGGACAUAUGUCUUAUUGGAGCUAAGGGUUGUGGCAAGUCAGCGAUCGCUAGAGAGUUUGCUGAAAUCUUGGGAUACAGUAUUGAACCAGUGAUGUUAUACCAGGACAUGACAGCCAGGGAUCUACUCCAGCAAAGGUACACUCUUCCUAAUGGUGACACAGCGUGGAGACCAUCUCCCCUCGUCAUUGCUGCCAUGGAGGGCAAGCUUCUGCUGCUGGACGGCAUACACAGGGUCAAUUUAGGAACUCUAGCUGUAUUAUCGAGGUUACUACAUGAUAGGGAGCUGGACCUAUAUGACGGAACCAGGCUGUUAAGAUGGGAUAGAUACCAAACACUGAAAGAAGAACUGCAGUUUACUGACCAGCAACUGCAAGAAAGGUCCAUCUUUCCCAUACACCCAGCUUUCCGGGUACUGGCCCUAGCAGAGCCCCCGGUGGUUGGUGCCAGUGGAGGCAGCAACAAAGGUCAGCAGUGGUUAGGUCCAGAACUGCUUACAAUGUUUCUCUACCACACUGUCACACCAAUGAGCAAGGCAGAAGAGAUGGAGCUCAUAGAGGGGCUGGCGCCCAAUGUACCAAAGGAGGCAGUAGAACAGCUCCUAAACCUCACUCACAGCCUACGCAGCACGCAUGACCCUACGGCGCAGUCUCUGGCCUCUUCUCUCUCCACUCGACAGCUGCUGAGGAUCUGCCGACGUCUCUCUCAGUAUCCUGAGGAGAGUAUUGCUCAUGCAGUCAACAAGGCCUGUCUCUCCAGGUUUUUGCCCAGUCUUGCACGUGCCUCCCUGCAAAAAAGUCUUGCCAACUCCUCUAUAGAGAACAGUCCAGAACCCAGUGAUGAUUCUCACAGUUACAGUUGUAUGGUAAAAGACGGUGUUUUGACUAUUGGGAGUGUGUCAGCUCCAGUCUACAACCCUGAUAUGAAGAUGAAAGUCCCAGAUGUGCUUUUCUAUGAUAAUCCACAGCAUAUGAAGGUGAUGGAGGACAUGUUGAAAGACUUUCUUCUAGGAGAACACCUUCUCUUAGUAGGCAACCAGGGUGUUGGCAAGAAUAAAAUAGUAGACCGUUUUUUGCAUCUUCUGAAUAGACCCAGAGAAUACCUACAACUUCACAGGGAUACGACUGUACAGACUCUGACACUCCAACCUUCAGUUAGAGAUGGGAUUAUUAUCUAUGAAGAUUCACCUCUGGUAAAAGCAGUUAAAAUGGGGCAUAUAUUAGUUAUAGACGAGGCAGACAAAGCACCCACAAAUGUCACCUGCAUCCUUAAAACGCUGGUAGAAAGUGGCGAGAUGAUUCUGGCAGAUGGACGAAGAAUCGUUUCUGAUCCACGAGAACCAAUGCACAGGCCAAACACAAUAUUCAUGCAUCCAGACUUCAGGAUGCUGGUUCUGGCCAACCGACCUGGCUUCCCCUUUCUGGGCAAUGACUUUUUUGGAGCUCUAGGUGAUAUCUUUAGCUGCCAUGCUGUGGACAACCCAAAGCCUCAGGCCGAGCUGGCGAUGCUCAAACAGUAUGGUCCAGACGUGCCUGACUCCACUCUGCAAAAGUUGGUGUCUGCUUUUGGAGAGCUCAGGACUAUGGCAGAUCAGGGCACCAUCACGUACCCCUACUCUACCAGGGAGGUUGUGAACAUUGUCAGACACCUGCAGAAAUUUCCAGAGGAGGGUUUGGCCAACGUGGUGCGAAACGUCUUUGACUUUGACUCCUACAACAAAGACAUGAGGGAGGUUCUGAUUGAGGCGCUGCAUAAACAUGGGAUUCCCAUUGGAGCCAAGCCCAGCUCUGUCAAACUGGCCAAGGAGUUGCCCCUUCCUGAGGUAAAGAUGACUGGAUACUGGACCAUUGGCCAGGGGAUCAAUGCUCGGCGCAAAAUGCUCUGUCCUACAGAGACUCGUCCCAUCGAUAUCAAGGGCCCCGCAUUUUUGCGUGUUCAGGGUUAUCCCUGCAACCGACAAGAAAGUCGAGCUUUGAGUUUUACAGAAGAAAAAGCCCACUGGCAACUUCCCAUGAAUGAAGUGAACAUCAUUUGUCACGUUACCUCCAGUGAUGAUGUGCUUUAUGUGGCCACGUGUAAUCCAGUGUCACUGUACUCCAUGAAGGAGAAGGGGGACACAAUUCACUGCAUGGAGCUCUUCGAUGUUUUUCCCAGGACCAUCAGUGGGGUCUGGCAGCCCUUUGUCACUGUUGCCCCUCUGGGCAGCCCUCUGGACGGACAAGUGGUUCUGCAUGAGGAACAGAGCAACACUGUGCUUCAUGUUGACAUGGUAACGGGUGCAGUGCGGAGACUUCUUUUGUAUGCCGACAGUGAGCAGCCUAAUGCCAGAGCUUCUUACUGGUGGAACACCAGUAAAGAGCAACAGGGGGUGAAUAAAAUGUGUUGUGAGUUUGCCCAUAAAAACUGGCUUCUGUUUUACAAGGAAGAAGGUAACCAGCUUGAUGUGCUGGACGUACUGGAGGGCCGCUUACACUCGAUCUCUCUCCCUAUUAACUUGAAGACCGUGCACUUGGUGGCAGAAGAUCGCUGGCUACUGCUGGAGAGCAACACCAACAAAAAGUUUCUUCUGACCAAACCCAUGCACAUGGCAGCUGAAGACUCAGGCGUGUGUCAGCUCCACAGCAUCAAUGAGGAGGCCGUCAGCUCAGGCCACGGGGUCAGCUCAGCUGAGGUCUCUACACCUCAAAUGCUUUCAAAUGAGCAACUGCCCAAUGAAAAUCUCAGCACUGCUCUUGACCAGAAGAUUGUUUCGCCCAAUCGUUUACUGGCUGACACUGGCUCCUUUGCCCGGAUCAUUGUAGGAUUCCCUGACUUAAUGUCCCCAAAUGAGGUGUACAGCUUUAACAGGCCCAUGGACCUGUCUCUAAUGAAAAGCAGUGACAGUGGAAGCCCCACGUUCUUCAGAGGAGGGCUUCGGUCCAGUUCCUCCAAAAGGAACAACUGUGUGAGCCUGCUCUCUCACAACCAAGUGGUCCGUGCACUGCCACCCAACAAAGUCCCACUAAAGGAAAUCUACCCAAAAGACGUCACACCACCAUUGACAGCAGCUUAUUUGGAGGUGACUGACUUGAACUCCAAAAAAGUAAAAUACAUUCCUGUGCCGAGGUCAAUGUCAGUGUCUCCAUACACCAACUGGUUGUCCAAAGUUUCGGAGUCUGACGUGCUGCUUGCAUCUCUGCAUUCUGGAGGGGUCUUCACUGUGGACAUGGGGGGAUACGUGCGGCUCUGGGAGACGGGGUUAGACACUCUGCAGCGAUCACUCAUGGAAUGGAGAAAUAUGAUUGGUUCAGAGGACGGCAGGCCUUUACAGAUUACUAUUCAGAGAGACAGUGGUAUGGAUGUCAAGGCCCCAAAGCAUGGAAAAAUCGAUCCAUUGAAUGCGCCUCAUGUUGGUGGGAACCAGUGGGCUGGUGGCACAGGUGGCAGGGACACAGCAGGUCUCGGUGGUAAAGGGGGCCCAUACCGUCUUGAUGCGGGACAUAAAGUGUACCAGGUGUCUCAGGCCGAGAAGGAUGCUGUGCCAGAGGAAGUCCGGAAAGCUGCUCGUGAAAUGGCUGAAAAGGCCUUCAAAGACAGAUUAAAAGAAAUCAACAUGAGUGAGUAUGACGCCCAAACUUACGAGCGCUUCUCCAGUGCUGUCCAGCGCCAGGUGCAGUCUCUGCGCAUCAUACUGGACAGUUUACAGGCAAAAGGCAAAGAGCGCCAGUGGCUAAAGAACCAGGCUCUGGGCGAACUGGACGACGCUAAGAUCAUUGAUGGCCUGACUGGAGAGAAAGCUAUAUAUAAACGCAGAGGAGAGCAAGACCCAGAGCCUGGAACUCCUCAGCAGAAGCCCAAACGAUUACGCGUUUUAGCCGAUGUGUCCGGCAGCAUGUACCGCUUCAAUGGAGUGGAUGGACGGUUAGAGCGCUCCAUGGAGGCUGUGUGUAUGGUCAUGGAGGCCCUGGAGAGUUAUGAACACAAGUUCAAGUAUGACAUCAUGGGUCACUCGGGUGAUGGCUAUGACAUUGAGCUGGUUAGAGCUGACAAAGUCCCUAAGAAUAACAAGGAAAGACUAAAGGUCCUAAAGACAAUGCACGCCCAUGCACAGUUUUGCAUGAGUGGGGACUACACUCUGGAAGGGACUGAGGCCAGUAUUAAGGAGCUGUCCCGGGAGGAGGCAGACGAGUACUUUGUGGUGGUGCUGAGCGAUGCCAACUUGGAGCGUUACGGGAUCCGACCCGAGCGCUUUUCUAGUGUCCUGACCUCAGACCCUCAGGUCAAUGCCUUUGCAAUAUUUAUUGGGUCCCUGGGCGACCAGGCAGAAAGGCUACAAAAGACCCUUCCAGCCGGCAGAUCCUUCGUUGCCAUGGACACGAAGCAGAUCCCCCAAAUCCUGCAGCAGAUCUUCACGUCCACCAUGUUGUCCAGUGCUUGACACAAAGAGACACUUGUCCUCUCCUCACUCACUCAACAACUCAAGUAUUGUUACUUCGUGCCCUUAACCAUUUUCAGUGUCAGAUUAUGUAACACUCUGGGUAUUAUCAGGUCUACAGAGAACAAGUAGUGGGUAUAUAAUUUUCUCUCUCUUUAUGGCAGUGCUUCUCAAACUGAGGUAUGUGUACCAGGUUUGUACUAAAUACAUUGCACUUUUCAUGUGGAAAUAUUUUGGUUCGUGGUAGCACAAUGAUUAAAACUCUUGCCUUGUAGCAAGAAGAUAAGUUCAAUCCCUGGAUCCUUUUCAGUUAUGGCUUUCACCUUGUGCUCCUCCUGUUUUUCCCACAACUUCAAAACCUACAACAAGGUUUGCCCUAUUUUGGGACCAUCUCGAUCAGACUAAGAAAAUGAAAUUGUCAAUGUAAAAUCCAGAGUUUUGUGCUCAUCCUGGUCUUUCCUCCAUGGUUUAGACCUGGAUCAGUAUUGUGAUUCAUUACACUGAAAAAAUGCCAUUAACAAAUUGCUUUGUCCUUCAGUUAGAGCCUUUUUACAACUCAUGUGGGCUUCAGACAAUCUCUUUGAUCGUACUUAGGACUUGGACACUGGCGAACAGCAUAUCCUGUUAUAUGGUCAGAGGAAACAAGUUGUAAACUUGACAGUCCCGUACAUAUUUGGACUUCCUGCUUAUUUAUUGUGCAUCAUGCCAAAAGCCCUCAGACGAAAGGUGAAAGGUGCCUCGGACACUCCGGUGGGCCGGCAGUUGGACGUGUACGGUUGCUCCUUUGGAAUGCUGUCCUACUCCUCAAGCAGGGAAUGUUCCACCUGACUGCCCUUUCAAGAGUCCUGCCAGACCGUACCCCCCAGUAGCUUUUUACGUGCGCAUGUGACUCUGUGUAUUCUGCCUCAGCAUCUUUGUCAACAUCCAUCCUCCUGGUCACGGGGACCUAGUGACGCCACGCCACUCAAAAUCCUCCAUGGAAUCUUAGAUCAACUUUCAUGACAAGAACUUCACAGCCUCCUUUAACAAACAUGGAGUCACCUUUGACACGUCCAUGCAAAAAUAGACCAAUACUGAGUGAUGAAAAUGUGGAAAUUCUACCAUGUAGCUACUGGUGCUAAGGUACACUACUAGACAAAUGGGCAG